ACAGUCUGCAAUAAAGUCUGAAAACAAACAGAACUCGCGUUUCAUAGUUCUUCUCGAUUUGUACCGCGUGAAGUGUAAUAUUAUUGAGCACUGAGUUAGAAGAUAACUAAUCGUGUAGAAUACGCAAUUUAUUCAACAGAAACGCAUUUUCUACGUCACGUUACUCGAGAAAUUUCUUCCAACACUUCGAAGAAACAAGUGUUGAUGGAGACUCGUGGUCGUCUUUUCUUAGCAUAGAAUUUUCUACUACAAAAAAGAAAGAGAAGAGAGCAACAACAAAUCUCAAAUCAUCGCAAAUCAUAGCAUACGAAUGGAGAUUUGUAUCGUGUUGAGACGAAAGUAGUCCCAAAAUAAAGCAACAUAAACAUCUCUCCCCUCCCAGAUGUACUAUCAAGCGGGUGUCCCAUGAUGGAGCUUACGCGGAGAUCGCCUUCUGAAUACAUAAGAAUAUUUGGCGAGUGGAGACUAAACGACAACAGCACCGUGAGCGGGAGAAUAUAGGUGGCUAACCACGCGUUCGGACCGAGGAGCGCCCAGAGAGCCAGAGAGGCAAUUUUCCUCCAAAGUAGAAUCGCCAUCACAGGUUCUAAGGGGCUGCUUUCCACCGACUAGCCUUAUUGUGUUUUUUCAUUCGCUAUCUAGUGCUACGGUUUUUCCGUUUCUGCUCCGGGUGCGAAGAAAAAAAAGAAGGUGUGAGAAGAUCCAGAAGCAAAUAUUCGAUAUUGUGCAAUUUUUCCUCUGACUGGAGGGAAAAUCUGGAAGGAAGGCAGCAUCUUUACAGUUGUUAUUAGUUGAAGUUUGUGUGAUUUGUUGAAAAUCGGAGCCCGGCGGGGCUGUUGUUAAUUCAAGAAUUGUGGGGUUUUUCCUAUGUUGCAUCGUUAGUUGAAAAAAUCAUUAUAACAUAUGAGUGUCAUAUUUAAUCAAUUAGAGAAAUAAAAGUUGCAAAAGUGAAAUUUAUGCUGUGCUCUACACAUAAAUGUUAAGUGAACAUCAGUGUGAAAAAACGCCAAUAGCCGUUCAACGUUGGAUCGAAGCUGUAAUUUAAUUAACGUAAGAAAAAUCCGAUAUACGAUAGCACAUAAAACCAUCUCCUCUUUUUGCUCCUUCGGUGUCGGUUUUGGUGGAAAAAAUGUGGGAAAACUGACACCAAACCAACGCGCAGUAAAUAGAUGUUCAGAGUUGUGACAGCAGCAAAAGUGUAUCUUAUCGAACUAUAGCCUCAUUAGAAAUAAAACAAAUGACCCACCACUUGUGGUUUGCUGAAGUGUUAACCAUACAACCAAGGAAAGGAUACCACCCAUAAUUCAAGAGUGAAAAAAUCAACAUCUGCAUCGGAACUAUCAAUUGAUCUUAGCAGCAAAACAUAUAAUAUCAAACAAAAAAAACAUACGCAAUAUUCCGUUGGCAGUUUCCGUCAGUGGUUUUCCCCGUUUAGAGCGCAGUACUCAGUUUACGUCCUUCAAAAGAAUUUAGUUGUUUAAUUUUCCAUUCACACUCAUAAUAAAUACAAACAUAUAUAAAUAUACAUAUGUAGUUGGAGAAAAAAACGGCAAACAUUUCACCGAGAGGUAAACACUUCUUUUUAGGAAGCGCAAAUCAUAAAGUGAAGAAAGUGUAAUAUACAUCUGGUGGGAAGAAAAUUGUGCCAUCCUGAUUUCCAACUGGACUGUGUGUGGAGUUUACGUCUCGGCAAUCAACAGCUGCCAGUGCCAGUAACCUGACCCAAUAAAACCCAGAUGGUUGUCGUUAGCUUCCUCGCGGGUAGCGAUCUUUCAAAGUAAAGAUAAUAAACGUAACGACACAGACACCGUAAGCUAGUUUUUUUUUUUUUUUUCAAUCAUCGAACGACAAGGAACCGGUGGUGGACCAUUGAGUACAUCCGUUAAAGAGACCCUGGAAAAUGGAUCACGGUGGCGUGGACGAUGAAGCACCCAUAGAUCCUCGGAUGAAAAGCCGUACGUUUCCCGAAGACCCAGAUUACGAAGGUCACCGAGCACAUACGGUUUACGUUGGCGUCCACAUACCGGGCUCAUCGAGGCGCCACUCGCAAAGGCGUCGCCACAAACACCACCAGCAGAGCAAGGACAGUGGCGACAAGAGCUCUGCCAGCACAGAAUCGGAUCGACCAGCUAUUCCAAAGCCUCACGUUGUCACACAGCGAAGGUUCAGCGUCGUUGAUGACGGAGAGUGUUUUACGCCACCCGCACAAAGAGUCCAGUUUAUCCUCGGCGGCGAAGUCGGUGACGACGGGAACCAUGAAUCACACCCGCUGUUCUCCGAGAUGGAAGAGCUGGUCAAGGAAGGCGACGAGAUGGCCUGGAAGGAAACGGCCCGGUGGGUCAAGUUCGAAGAGGACGUCGAAGAGGGUGGCAAUCGGUGGUCGAAACCGCACGUGGCGACACUCUCGCUACACUCGCUAUUCGAGCUGCGGAGUCUGCUGCUGAACGGGACCGUCAUGCUGGAUAUGGAAGCCGUCAGCUUGGAGCAAAUCGCCGAACUGGUCUGCGAGAAUAUGGUCAACGCUGGCACGUUGCCCAUCGAGGCGCGGGAUAAGGUUAUCGAUGCGCUGCUCAAACGACACAAACAUCAGCACGAGUUCGGCAGCAAGAAAACCCGGCUGCCCCUGAUCCGGUCGCUGGCCGAUAUUGGCAAAAAUCACUCCAGCUCCAAGAGUGACAUAUCGCCAACGCCAUCUCACGGUGGCACUAGUUCGGCUCCCGGUUACGGUGCCGCCUCUGUAGUUACCGGUUCGGGCGUUGGAGUUACCACAUGGUUCCAUGCCGGUGCAUCCAGUUCCACAUUGAGCACGAUGGCGGCACAAGUUACGACAACUUCUGCGAUAACAUCCACCGUCAUACCGUUAUCAUCAAGAGUUGACGAUCAUCACCAGCAACAGCAACAUAGCUUACAUUCCGCUUCCCAGCCGGUCCUGAAAAGUACCAGCAAUAGUAGUAAUAUUAACGCGACCACCAGUUCAGCCCGGUCUGGCGGCAACAAUGGAAAACAUUUGGCCGUACCUGGAAAAGCCACCGGGGAAAAUCUUAUUCAAAGCCCUAGUAGCAUCUCGAUGGCCCGCAAUACCAGCUCCGGCGAGCUGCAGAACGGUGAACACAAGUCCAACACGAACUUCAUGCGGAAGAUUCCGCCGGGCGCCGAGGCCAGCAACAUCCUGGUCGGUGAGGUGGACUUCCUGGACAAGACGCUUGCUGCAUUCCUGCGGUUGAACAACGCAUCCGUAAUGGGCGAUUUGACUGAAGUCCCCGUGCCAACUAGAUUUAUUUUCAUCCUGCUGGGUCCCCCGGGCAGUCAUGGUAGCUUCCACGAGAUCGGCCGUGCUAUGGCCACUCUCAUGUCAGACGAGAUCUUCCACGAAGUCGCGUAUCGUGCCAAGAAAAGGGAGCACCUCUUGGCGGGUGUUGACGAAUUCCUGGACGCCGUCACUGUAUUACCCCCAGGAGAAUGGGAUCCAUCAAUUCGGAUAGAACCGCCGGCUGCCAUUCCGUCGCAGGAAGUCCGGAAACGACCUCCAGAGAAAAAUCCGAAAGAGGAAAUCGACGAGGAAGAGGAAGAACAACGCCAACGCGAAGAAUCCGGCCUGUCGCGCACUGGUCGUCUGUUUGGUGGCCUGGUCAACGAUUUGAAGAGGAAGAAGCCGUUCUAUCUGUCUGACUUCAAGGAUGGGUUAUCACUGCAGUGCGUGGCCUCGUGGAUCUUCCUGUACUUUGCCUGUCUUUCGCCAAUCAUUACGUUCGGAGGGUUGCUCGGCUCGGCAACUGGGAACAACAUCGCAGCUAUGGAAUCGUUGGUUUCCGGAUUCGUGUGUGGCAUUGGGUAUGGACUGUUUUCCGGGCAACCCUUGACCAUUCUGGGGUCAACCGGUCCGGUACUGGUAUUCGAAACGAUCGUGUACGACUUUUGUAUGCGAGUUGGAUGGGAUUAUUUGACGUUCAGGUUCUGGAUAGGAACGUGGGUGACGAUCAUCCUGGUCAUCUUGGUUGCGAUCGACGCCAGUGCUCUAGUGUGCUACAUCACUAGAUUUACCGAGGAAAACUUUGCCUGUCUCAUUGCCUUCAUCUUCAUUUACAAAGCCGUGGAAAACGUGUUGCACAUUGGGAAAGACUACCCACUCAAUACGGCAGGAUCCAAGUACGAUUGCUCGUGUCUACCACCUGGAGAUCAACCCCUGAACACCGAUAUUGUACACGAAUGGGCGCAGUAUGAUAAGAAAACUUGUGCGCUCUUGAACGGCACCCUCACUGGUUACGACUGCGCUAAGCCCGAGUACAUCUCCGAUGUCUUCCUGAUGUCGAUCAUCCUGUUCAUCGGAACGUACAUCAUAUCGGUUAUUCUCAAGGACUUCAAGAACGCCCUGUUCUUCCCAUCCAACAUCAGACAGGUUGUGAGUGACUUCGCGGUCAUCAUUGCGAUCUUCUCGAUGAGCAUCUUGGACUAUCUAACAAACGUUCCGACGCCGAAGCUGGAAGUUCCCCGAGAGUUCAAACCGACCAUUCCGGAUCGAGGCUGGCUCGUUCAACCAUUCCACGAGAAGAACCCGAUCUGGUCCCCGGUGCUCGCCGUUUUACCGGCUCUACUGGGCACCAUCCUGAUCUUUAUGGAUCAACAAAUUACGGCUGUGAUAAUCAAUAGGAAAGAACAUAAGUUAAAGAAGGGCUGUGGCUAUCAUCUGGAUCUUUUCGUGCUAGCCUUGCUGAUUCAGCUCUGCUCCCUAAUGGGACUACCAUGGUUUGUUGCUGCUACCGUGCUCAGUAUUAAUCAUGUCAAUUCACUCAAACAAGAAUCCGAAACGGCAGCUCCCGGCGAGAAACCCCAGUUCCUUGGAGUUCGCGAACAACGAGUCACCCAUAUACUCAUCUUCCUGACAAUCGGUUGCUCGGUACUGUUGACACCGCUCCUGUCCCACAUUCCAAUGCCAGUAUUAUACGGCGUAUUUCUGUACAUGGGCGCGGCAUCGCUCAAAGGUCUCCAGUUCUUCGACCGGCUGAUGAUCAUGCUAAUGCCCAUCAAGUACCAACCGGACUACAUGUUCUUGCGACAAGUCCCAAUCCGUCGCGUCCACCUGUUCACCCUGAUCCAGUUGGCGUGCUUGAUCAUGCUCUGGGUGAUCAAGUCCUUCUCUAGCACUUCGAUCCUCUUCCCCUUGAUGUUGGUCGUCAUGAUCGGCAUUCGGAAAGCUUUGGACUUUGUCUUCACCCGGCGUGAGCUCAAAAUCCUGGACGAUGUGAUGCCGGAGAUGACAAAACGAGCCCACGAGGACGACCUCCGACAGCUGGAGGAUGGCGAGGACUCGGGUCAACAUUCGGCCGACAAUUUGCAGCUACCGUUGGAGAACGGAACCCUGAGCUGCAAGCCCCAGAUCAACAUAUCGGAGGAGGUCAACCGUACCACUAUCUGGAAACAGGUCAACAACUGUAAUGUGCUGUUUACCAAGAAGCAACCCAGCAAUAGAAAGUAUCACAAUCAAACGAAUCCACCGGCAAACCUCAACAGCCAAAACGCCAACGAGCAAACGCAACAACAGCCACAAUUACUCUCCGAAAGCAAAUCGAAGAAAUCGAAUGAAAUCGACAAAAGACUGUCCACCAUGCGGGAAGAGGAGGAAACAAACUCGGACGAUGCCAACCAUCACCGUCAAUUAAACCACCAGAAACGAACGCAGAAACUGAAACACGAAUUCUGGAUGAACUCGUCGCGGGGUGGCAACAAAACUGCCGGAACGAAGCACAACGACACCGGAUACGGAGAACGAGACGCUUCCGAGACGCAAGUUUGAGAGACGAUCUAGGACAGGUCGUCCGCCGUCAUCGUUGAAAGUUGUUAGAUUUAUAGAGCCAAACAUGUGGCACGAGUUGUGAUUCGACUGAAGAAGACAGCACAACUGCUCAAAUAUGUAUCUGGGAGAAUCUGGAACCGGAAAUAAAUCAUGGAUAGGUGAAGGGCCAACCGUAAGAUCAGGUGCUACCAGCAGUACCUCUAGGUCAAUGUAGUUGCAUCGCAAUUGCCAUACAUAUUAUCAGUAUAGAAUAGUAUGGCUGAAAUAAGCUCUUUUACCCAAUUAGACCACAAUUUUAUAAAUGAAAAUGAGAUAAGUAAUAGAAGUAUUCGAACGCGUGUCUCAAUUAUUAGAAAGCAUUCUCGGUUGAAAUACAGACCUCAACCGUUUAAACCGAAUACGAUGACGUUCAGUGAAUAAGACUUAACCAAUUGUGAAACUUGAACCU